AUGCUGCAAACUCAACAACAAACGCAGGCAACCCAACCCUCAGCACCUGAAUCAAGCUAUAACAUACCUGAAGAAUUGUUGAACAGAAAAAUUAUUUGCAGAUUGAUAUGUACCACUGCCUCCGGAGAAAGCAACUAUUUUGACCUUUGUACGUCGGCCAAGUCUAAAAGCUCACAAGGCGUAUAUGAAUGGAUAUUUGGGAGAAACACAAAAGUUUGUGACUUUAAACUACCAAGUUCUUCGUCAAGAUUAAGUAAUGUUCAUUUUAAAAUAUGGGUCAAUGGAAAUAAAGAAGACUUAGCUUUGGAUCAUCUAAUGAUUCAAGAUGUAUCGACAAAUGGGACGUAUGUUAAUAACUGCAAGUUGGUGAAAGGGACGAAUAACAUCCUGACGCAAGGCGAUGAAAUAAGUGUUGGUAUUGGUGUUCCUGCUGAUGUAAUAAGAUACAUUGAAGGCGUACACCGUGAUUUUUUUAUCAAAGAUGAAGUAGUUGGUUCUGGAGCAUUUGCAACAGUAAAAAAGGCUAUAGAAAGGUCAACAGGUGAUACAUAUGCUGUAAAGAUAAUUUCAAAGAAGAAAGCUAUGACUGAUGGCCUAGACGGAGUUCAAAGAGAGCUAGAAAUUUUGAAGAAGCUUCAUCAUCCGGGGGUCGUACAACUCAAGUCUUUUUAUGAAGACUCUGACAAUUUUUAUUUGGUUAUGGAAUAUAUUGCGGGAGGUGACCUAAUGGAUUUUGUCGCUGCAUAUGGAUCUGUGGGUGAAAGCGCUGGUAGGGAGAUUACGAGGCAAAUUCUAGAAGCUCUUGACUACGUUCAUGCACUCGGCAUUUCUCAUCGUGAUUUGAAACCGGACAAUAUUCUUAUAGUCCAAGACGAUCCAGUAAAAGUCAAGAUUACAGACUUUGGGCUAGCGAAAGUGGCAGAUCAAGGUUCGGCAAUGAAAACAUUCUGUGGUACCCUAGCAUAUUUGGCACCGGAGGUGCUUUCAGCACGAUAUGGAAUCACCAACCAGUUUAUCGGCAAAGAUGAAGCGACUAAAAAGAAUAUUAUAAAAAAGUCGAGAGAGUCAUAUUCUUCAAAAGUCGAUAUGUGGUCUAUUGGUUGCUUGGUGUAUGUUAUCUUGACAGCACAUUUACCGUUUAGCGGUUCGACACAAGAUUCGUUGACAAGAAACAUACUAGAAGGUAAUUAUCACUACUCAUUGCUAAAGGAGAACGGAAUCUCAAACAAGGCCAAAGAUUUCCUUGAUAGGCUCUUGAAUGUUGAUCCAACAAUUCGGUUAGGUGUCAAACAAGCUUUAACUCAUUCAUGGAUAUCUGAAUUGUCCGAUGAAAGCCAAGUCAGCCUUUCACAAAGUCAAUCACAUCAAAGAAGAAUUGAAAGUCAGGAAUCUCAUUCAUUCAUCACGGGCAUGAAUGGUGAUGCAUACGAGCGAAUUGAAGAAGCAGAUGAGGUAGAUGAGCAGUGCGAAGAUCAAGAAGGAGAACACCCUCAUGAGGCCCAAGGUUCGAAACUGCAGCUAGCAAAAGAAGCGAGUUUCUCCGUAUCUAAUCUUUCUCGCUCCCCGUACGUUAAGAAUGAAAUUUCUACUUCCAUUAUAGAAAAUAGUGUAUCACUGCCAGCAUCUUUUACUCACAAGCAAUUAAACAAAGUAACAAUGGUCUCUAAGCAAUUGGAAUCACCACAGGGGACCUUUAUCACGUUGAAUCUAGUUGAAAAUUCAGUGUCCAAGUUCGGUGCAGUACACAUACCACAAGGAAAAACCCCAUUUGUUGUUGGUAGAGAUUCAUCUUGUGACUGGUUGAUCAAAGAAGAAAGAAUUUCCAAAAUACACUGCAUGAUUGCCAAAAAAAGGCAUCCUACUGCUAAUCCUUCCAUAUUUGAGUCACCUGCUUUAGGGCUGGAAGAUAUUUGGUUACUAGAUUUUAGUACAAACUCUUGCUUUGUCAAUGACAUUAAAAUAGGCAAGAAUCGCAAAACUCAAAUAUUUCAUGGAGAUGAGAUAUGCUUGUUCAAAGAUGCCCAGAAAAAAGAGCAACUCGUUUAUAGGGUUCAUAUUGAUGAUGGAACAGGCCUUUUCCAGGGAGGUGAAAGAACCCAAGCCAAUUCUGAUGACAUUCUGGAUAUUGAUGAGGUUGAUGAAAAGUUAAGAGAACUAUUGACAAGAGCCUCAAGGAAACGGCAUAUCACCCCUGCAUUGGAAACUCCUGAUAAACGUGUAAAAAGAGCUUAUUUGAACAGUAUUACUGAUAACUCUUGA